UUGCACACUGUUUACCCAUAGGGGAUCUAUUACAAGUGCUCAAAUGAACUGGCAGCUUAGAAACUAGCAGCUUCCUGGGAGCUGCAAUUACAUAAGCAUAUAUUUUUAAUAUAAUAAUAAUUAAAAAACAAGUAGCAGCAGUAUGCCUGGAUCAGCUACAGCUAUCCGACAAGAGAGACAGAAGAAGACCAAUGCAAGGCCAAUUCCCCUUGGUUUAUUCACCAUUAAUGAGGAAGAUGAACAGCAAAAGAAUGGAAAUUCCGGAAGACCGAAAGCACCUGACAGCUAUAAAGUGCAAGAAAAGAAAACUGCCUCCAACCGCCCCUCCUCUGCAAUUUCAGGACAAAAUACCAACCACUCAGGAAGUAAACCAGACCCUCCACCUGUGCUACGGGUUGAUGACCGGCAGCGGCUAGCCCGGGAACGACGUGAAGAACGGGAAAAACAGCUAGCUGCAAGAGAAAUCAUCUGGUUAGAAAAAGAGGAGCGAGCCAGGCAGUACUAUGAAAAGCACCUGGAGGAACGGAAGAAGAAGUUGGAGGAGCAGAGGCUGAAGGAGGAGCGGAGGAGGGCUGCUGUGGAGGAAAAGCGAAGGCAGAGGCUGGAGGAGGACAAGGAACGCCAUGAAGCUGUUGUACGGCGUACAAUGGAAAGGAGCCAGAAGCCAAGACAGAAGUAUAACCGGUGGUCAUGGGGCAGCCCCCUGCAUGGGAGCUCCAGCAUCCACAGUGCAGAUCCAGACAGGCGGUCAGUUUCCACCAUGAAUCUUUCGAAACAUGUUGAUCCCGUCAUUAGCAAGCGGCUCUCCUCCUCAUCUGCAACUUUACUAAAUUCUCCAGAUAGAGCUCGCCGCCUGCAGCUCAGCCCAUGGGAGAGCAGCGUUGUUAACAGACUCCUGACGCCCACACAUUCGUUCCUGGCCAGAAGUAAAAGCACAGCCGCCUUGUCUGGAGAAGCAGCAUCUUGCAGCCCCAUCACCAUGCCCUACAAAGCUGCACACUCUAGAAAUCCGAUGGAUCGACCAAAACUCUUUGUAACACCACCUGAGGGCUCUGCACGCAGGAAGACCCUUCAUGGCACAGCGGGCUAUAAAAGAGAAAGAGAAAAUAUACCCUUCUACCUUACAUCUGGCACCCGAAGGUCUCUGUCUCCAUCUAAUCCCAAAGCAAGAUCUCCAGCUCCCUCCCGGCUUUGGCUCCCCUCCAAGUCCUUCCCUCAUUUGCCUGGCACACCCAGACCGGCCUCCUCCUUGCCUCCCGGCUCAGUCAAAACUGCUGCUGCUGCUCAGGCCCGGCCCCCAUCCCCCGGCAACAUCCGCCCUGUCAAGAGAGAGGUCAAAGUAGAACCGGAGAAAAAAGACCCCGAGAAGGAACUUCAGAAAGUUGCCAGUGAGCCCUCGCUAAAGGGCAGAGCACCUUUAGUGACGGUAGAAGAAGCCACAGUUGAAGAAGGGACACCUGUCGAAGCAGAAGCUGUCCCUGCUGCUCCAGCCAUGGCCCCAACCGCAGCUUUGGCCCCAGCCCCAGCCCCUGCUCCAGCCUCGGUCCCAGCCCCGUCACACACUGUGACUACCAGUGCUUCUCCUAAGACUUCUGCAGGAACCACCGACCCAGAAGAGGCCACAAGGCUUCUGGCUGAGAAGAGACGGCUGGCUCGAGAGCAGAGAGAGAAGGAGGAAAGGGAGAGGAAGGAGAAGGAAGAGGUUGAAAGACAAAAGAGAGAGGAAUUGACUCAAAGGGUAGCUGAAGAGAGAACCCGCCGUGAGGAGGAAGCCCGACAGCUGGAGGCUGAGCAAGCCCAGGAGAAGGAAGAGCAGCUGCGAAGGGAGCAGGCAGGGCGCCUGCAGAGGCAGAAAGAAGAAGAGGCUCGUGUUCGUGAAGAAGCAGAGAGGGUCCGGCAGGAACGGGAGAGGCAUUUCCAGAGAGAGGAGCAGGAGCGCCUGGAGAGAAAGAAGGUACGACUUGAGGAGAUCAUGAAAAGAACCAGGAGAACAGAAGCUACAGAUAAGAAAACCAUUGAUCAGAGAAAUGGCGAUAUUGCCAAGGGAGUGCUCACUGGAAGAACAGGUUCAGAGGUAUCUGCACUUCCAUGUAUGACAGACUCUCCAGGAAAUGGAGAACCAGUAGUCAGCCCACACGUGGUUACCUCUCACCAGUCUAAAGUGACUGUGGAAAGUACUCCGAAUUUGGAAAAACAACCAAAUGAAAAUGGUGUAUCUGUUCAGGAUGAAAACUUUGAAGAAAUUAUAAACUUACCCAUGGGAUCUAAACCAUCCAGAUUAGAUGUCACCAACAGCGAGAGCCCAGAAAUUCCUUUGAAUCCAAUUUUGGCCUUUGAGGAUGAAGGGACACUUGGACCCUUGCCUCAGGUAGAUGGUGUUCAAACACAGCAGACCACAGAAGUUAUAUGAGCAUUUCUUCUGAAGAACCAAAGCAGACAUUUAAUAAGAAUUUCUACGACUAAUGGAAUCCCUUUCAUUCCAUAAAGGAGCAUCCCCCCUCCUUCAGUUUUCUAAAGAUUUCUUGGCCAUCAUUUUGAAAAGACUUUAUUAAAACCAGCUAAAGACAACAGACUGGAUAGUUUUUCUAAUAAUUUUCACCAUUAGAAAGAAAUGCUCCUUAUUCUUCAAUACUUUUAAAUGGCUUUUUCCAGAGUGCUCCUCCUUAGCAAAUCAAUAUUUUUCUGCAUUCUAUAAAAGAUGAGAGCAUUUGGCUAUAAAAGAAAUGGGCUGACUAGGCAUGAGUUUUCACAAAGAUAUUUUGGUCUUAAAAGAUUAACUUGUAAAAUUGGCAAAAUGAAAUUACCUUUUACAAUAUACUUGAAAAAUAAGUACCUCUUUGCUCUACAAGUAGAGUGCAUAGGGGAGGUAUUUAAGCUGUACCUGUUUAAAUAUUACUGCAAAGAGCAAACUAGAGGCAGAUUACCAGGUUCUUGUAAAUGCAGCUUGUACGUGGACAUUCUGCAAACCCAGCUGUCUCAUUCUUGCGACUCCUUUUGCAAAAGCAUAGUAAAAAGUUUUGAAAUGUGAAAAAACAUUAUUUUUUUCAGAACAAGAAAAUAAUUUACCAUUCUCUUAAAUAUUGUAUUUAUAAAGGUUUUUUCAGAUAAACUAAUUAAAUAAAUUAGAACAAUGUGACAACAUUGCAAAUUUGAUUUAUUAGACGCAUUCCUUCUAAUGUUACCAUGAGAGAAUGUUACUGAUGAUUCAGGGCUAUUUCUGAAGUCUGUAUGUUGCUGCUCUCCCCAGUGAUUGUGGGAAUUAUCUUUGCCUUACCUGAUUACAAAUUACGUGGGGGGAAGUGAAGAUUUACUGCUUCUUUAAAUAAAAAAAGAAUUUGGUUUUGCUCGUUUAAGAGCAACAAAAAGAUGAUGGAGUGUUUACUGUUUGGCACACAGGACAGGACCUUCGUGAGAGUCCUUGUGCUGCACAGCAGCCAUCAGCUUGUCACUUUUCAUCCCUGUUCUUCAGUUUUGCUGCUGAGCCUGGCUGUACAAACUUGCACUUUCAUUUGCUAAAAUAAAUUCAAUGUUAUUUUACCAUUUUAGAGACUACUAAUGACUAAAUGUAGAAGGAGAGAGAACUCGUUUUUAUGUGGAGUGUUAAGGAUAAAUUUAUACCACUGUACUAUGUUGGUUGAAUGAGAGACUAUUCAUCUAUUGGACUAUUUCUUUUAAAUCCAAGCAACUUGUAAUUUCUUAAAACAUUAACUGGGUUUUUCCCUAUUCUCGGUUGUCCAUGUACACGGUCAUUCUAUUAAAAAAAAAAAAAAAAAUCCGUUCAA